AUGCCCCAGAAGCGGCUCACCGCGGACUACUUCUGGGAGAGCUCUUCUUCUCCUAUAGUUUUAGCUACUCUUAUGUCCCAGAGCUUCCAGAUCUAUACGUCUCCAGCCCAGACACCUUUUCUGACGCCAGCACCCUAUAUCCGUUGGGUUAUGGGGCACCUUCAUCAGCUGGAUGUCCUUGCAUCACCGCCACAGUCCCAUUCCUAUUCCACACUCUCUCAAGAGUUGAAUGAACUUAUAAUAAACACAGAGGUGGUAUUCUAUGGGAAUGGUGGAGGGCAGGAGCAGGAAGAUUCUUUGGCAACAGAUGAUUUCCUUGUGGACUACUUUAAUGAAUUCCUAAGCCUUCCAACCUUUUCAGAGGCAAUUAGAUUUAACGUGGAUUUUGGAGUUUUUGAAAUAGUUAACAAUGCUCCACAACUUCUGGAAAAGCAACUGAAAAAAAUUCUACAAAACCAGCAACCUCGAAAUCCCAUCUAUGAUGUUGUAAGGAAAGGAAAGAAUGAUGUUAAACCUGUUCAGAUGAAUGCCCCCUAUGAAGAUGAAACCAUUAAUAUAAACUACAAUAUCAUGUGUCUCAGUCGUGAAGAAGGUAUUGAGUGGAUCAAAAAAGAAAGACUUCCAGCAUUUCUGGAAAGCGAUUGUUACUUUGAAUACAGAUUAGCCAAAUUGGUCUCACAAGUAAGAUGGAGUGUAUCAGGCAUGAACAUCACAUUCAAUGCAGAUUUUUCCCCCUGGGUCCUGAAAAAACCAGCCAGUCUACCACCACCUGUUGUUGAUGAAGAGAAUGUUAUCAUCAUGAAAAAGUUCUACAUUUCUCUUGGCGAGGCCUCCUAUACUCAAACAAAAGAUUGGUUUGCAUUAGCCAAACAGAGUCUUCAAACAGCAUCGACGUUUUCAUUGCCAUCUUGUGUAGUCCACAGCAAACGUGAAACACCAGUUGUUUCAUCUGUUUCUGACAGCUUUAUCUUUGAUGAUGGAAUUCACCCGAGGAUAAAAAGGGACUCAUCUGAAACCAUUAGAUUAACUUCUCAUUUUGAAGAAGAAGAAGAAGAAGACAUUGGGUCCAUCUCUCUACAAGACACUCCUUCUCAAGCCCUUCUGAGAAUAUACCUUGAGAGGCAACAGGAUGCUGAUGAAAGCCUUAUAUUGCAUUUCUCAACAUGGGAAGAAUUUUUAAGAUCUUAUGUAACCUUUAUAUUGAGAGUAGCAAUUCAUCAAAUUUUUGAUGAGCCACUGAUGGAAAGCCCAGAUUAUAUAAAUUUCAACAAGGUAACAGAAGUGGUGCUUGAGGAGGGUUUUGAGCCUAUCCCUGGCAGGAAUGUUUUGUUAAGUGAAACAUUUCAAAUCACAAGUGAAAAGUCAGAAGAGAUGUUAGAACAAGCAAGUUCAAAGAGUGAGAGCAUUGGACCAGAAACCAGGGCUGAUUGGUGUAUGUCUCACAAAGCUUACGAUAUUGGCAAUAGAAAGGAGUUUGAAAGAUUUAAGAAAUUUAUAAAAGAUACAUUAGGAGAGAGAUAUUGGUCAUUAUGGAUGGAUAUUGAGAGGUUGAAAGUCCUUAAGGACCCCAGAAGACAUCAAAGACAUCUUGAGAAGAUGAAAAAAUGCUAUCUAGUAAGCAAUGGAGAUUGCUACCUUUCUGCAGAAAUAUUAUCAAAACUUAAACUGCUAGACGCAUCUCAGUGGAAUGAAGAACACUUAAGAAAUAUUCAGGCUGAGGUUGUAAAACCCUUACUUCUAUAUUGGGCACCAAGAUUCUGUGUUACUCAUUCAUCCUCAGCAAAACAUGCUAGUGCUGAACUGAAAUUCUGGCACCUCCGUCAAGAGAAACCAAGGAAGGAUGUUGACCCAUUUCCACAAAUGGCAACCCUCUUGCCAUUAAGACCUAAAUCUUGCAUUCCACAGAUACCUGUUAUGCAGAAAGAAGAAUCCAGUUUAUUACAAAGUCCUAAAUCUCCCAAGAAACCACCUCGAGUAAAAACAGCAGUUCAAAAACCUUGGAGGAGCAAGUCUUUGUAUCUAAUUUCUUCGAAGGAUGAUGUGAUUGAGAAAGGGUUGAGGCGCAGGUCAGAAAGCAGCAAAAUUAUUCGCUUAACAUCUUUUACUGACAUUUCUGAAUGUCUGAAGCCCCAGCUGGAUAGAAGAUACACCUACACAGAAGAACCUUUGGUUAAAACCAUGGCAGAUAGUGCCUUGGGAGGAUUUGACAUGGAAAAUUUGUUGCAGACUUUGUAUGUAGAAAAUAGAGCUGGAUUCUUCUUUACUAAAUUCUGUGAACAUUCAGGAAACAAGUUGUGGAAGAACAGUGUGUACUUUUGGUUUGACCUACAGGCUUAUCAUCAGCUUUUCUACCAAGAAACACUUCACCCUUUUAAAGUAUGCAAACAAGCCCAAUAUCUUUUUGCCACAUACAUUGCUCCUUCGGCUACUCUUGACAUUGGACUCCAACAGGAAAAGAAAAAAGAAAUCUAUAUGAAAAUACAGCCACCAUUUGAAGACCUUUUUGACACAGCAGAAGAAUAUAUCCUUCUCCUCCUUCUUGAGCCCUGGACAAAGAUGGUAAAAUUAGACCAAGUUGCUUUUGGAAAGGUGGGGCUGAUGGAAGAAACUCGACAGCUAGAUUCCACAUACUUCAGAAAGCUACAGGCUUUGCAUAAAGAGACGUUUUCCAAGAAAACUGAGGACACUACUGGUGAAAUUGGAACUGGUAUUUCACGGCUUCCUGAGGUCUCUAAAAAAACAGAUUACUGGAAUAAUGUUCCUGAAGAAUAUAAGCACUUUAAUUUUAAUGACCUGCUUAACAACAGACUGGAGUUUGAACAUUUCCGUCAGUUUCUUGAGGCUCAUUCUUCAAGUAUGGACCUUAUGUGCUGGACAGACAUUGAACAGUUCCGAAGAAUAGUUUAUGGAGACCGAACGCAAAGGGAAGCAAAAUCUAUAUAUAUUAAAAACAAAUACCUUAAUAAAAAAUAUUUCUUUGGCCCCCAAAGUCCAGCUUCUCUAUAUCAGCAGGACCAGAUAAUGAAUUUAAGUGGUGGCUGGGGAAAGAUGCUCCAUGAGCAGCUUGAUGCACCUGUUCUACUUGAAGUUCAGAAGCAUGUCCUCAAUAAGCUAGAAAACAUGUGGUUGCCAUUGUUUCUUGCAAGUGAACAGUUUGCAGCACGUCAAAAGAUAAAGGUACAGAUGAGAGACAUAGCCGAAGAGCUCUUGUUACAGAAGCAUGAAAGGAAAAUCGGGGUCUGGAAGCCUGUGGAGAGUAAGUGGAUAUCUUCAUCUUGUGAAAUCAUUGCAUUUCGUAAAGCAUUAUUGAAUCCAAUUACUGCAAGACAAUUUCAACGGUUUGUGGCUUUAAAGGGAGAUUUAUUGGAAAAUGGUGUACUCUUUUGGCAAGAAGUACAAAAAUAUAAGGACUUGUGCCAUUCUCAUUGUGAUCAGUCCAUCAUUCACAAGAAGAUCAUGACUAUUAUCAACUGCUUUAUUAAUUCUAGUAUUCCACCAGCUUUACAAAUUGACAUUCCAAUAGAGCAAGCCCAGAAGAUUAUUGAACAUAGGAAGGAGUUAGGACCAUAUGUGUUUAGGGAGGCACAGAUGACAAUUUUUGGGGUUCUAUUUAAAUUUUGGCCUCAAUUUUGUGAGUUUAGGAAGAAUUUAACUGAUGAAAAAAUUAUGAGUGUUUUAGAGAGAAGACAAGAAUAUAAUAAGCAGAAAAAAAAAUUGGCAGUCAUAGAAGAUGAAAAAUUUGCAAAGGAUGGACUCAAACAAUAUGCAAGUUCUUCAGGAUCUGCUAUCAAAACAGUUACUCUAGCCACUGACCCAGUUUUAGGCAUACAAGCAUAUGGUCGACAGCCAACCUGGUGCUACUCCAAGUACAUAGAAGCCUUAGAACAGGAAAGGGUUCUUCUUAAAAUUCAAGAAGAGCUGGAAAAAAAGUUAUUUACAGCUACACCAUCUUUUACAAACUUUAAGUCUCCUGCUUCAGCCAUGUCUUUGAAAAAGACCGUAUCUUCCCACAACAUCCAGAAUUUUCCAUAG